GGGCGUCUGGGAGGACCCGAGGACGGAAGAGGGUGGCCGUAGGCCGGGCCCCGCCCCGGGGCCGCCUUCCAGCGGGUUCUUUUUGCCUUGGCUGCCUCGGAGGCUGUGGCGGCAGUGGCCGCCGGGCGCGCGUAAGAUGGCGACUGCGGCGGCGGAAGCCCUGGGCCUCCUGUGGGGCUGGCUGUGGAGCGGGCGCUUCUGGCUGCCUCAGAACGUGAGCUGGGCGGACCUGGAGGGCCCGGGCGACGGCUACGGCUACCCGCGCGCCCGGCACGUGCUGUCGGUGUUCCCGCUGGCAGCAGGUCUCUUCUCCGUGAGGAUGCUGUUCGAGCGAUUUAUUGCUAAACCCUGUGCACUCCGUAUUGGCAUUGAAGACAGUGCUGUCUACCAGGUGGAAUCCAAUGUCACCCUUGAGAAGGUGUUCACAUCUAUCUCUAAGUAUCCUGAUGAGAAAAGGCUGAAGGGCCUAUCAAAGCAACUGGACUGGGAUGUUCGAAAAAUCCAAUGCUGGUUUCGCCAUCGGAGAAAUCAGGACAAGCCUCCAACGCUCACUAAGUUCUGUGAGAGCAUGUGGAGAUUCACUUUCUAUUUUUGUAUCUUCUGCUACGGAGUCAGAUUUCUCUGGUCGAUGCCUUGGCUCUGGGAUACCCGACAGUGCUGGUACAACUAUCCAUAUCAGCCACUCUCAAGAGAGCUCUAUUACUACUAUCUCACACAGCUGGCCUUCUACUGGUCCCUCGUGUUCUCUCAGUUUAUAGAUGUUAAAAGAAAGGACUUCCUGAUGAUGUUUAUGCAUCAUUUGAUCGCCGUCACGCUCAUCAGUUUCUCCUACAUCAACAACAUGGUGCGAGUGGGAGCCAUCAUCUUGUGUCUGCAUGACUCCGCCGACUCCUUGCUAGAAGCUGCCAAGCUGGCCAAUUACGCCAGACAGGAGCGGCUCUGUAACACCCUCUUUGUGAUCUUUGGUGCAGCUUUUAUGGUUACUCGUCUAGGGAUCUUCCCUUUGUGGAUUCUGAACACAACCCUCUUUGAGAGCUGGGAGAUUAUUGGGCCCUUUCCUUCCUGGUGGCUCUUCAAUGGCCUCCUCCUGAUCCUACAGAUGUUGCAUGUCAUCUGGUCCUACCUAAUCGCACGAACUGCUUUUAAAGCCUUGGUCCGGGGCAAGGUGACCUACCCAGGAGGGAUUAGCCCCGGCUCUGUACCCUCUGCUCUUUUCUCACCUCCUUCCUCUUUUCUAUGCCUGGUGGCAGCUGGACAGUCCCAUCCUCUGCAUGUGUCUAAGGAUGACCGCAGUGAUGUAGAAAGCAGCUCAGAGGAAGAUGAGACCACACACACGAACAACCUCUCUGGCAGCAGUUCCAGCAACGGUGCCAACUGCAUGAACGGCCGCAUGGGAGGCAGCCACUUGGCUGAGGAGCAGGGGACUUGUAAAGCUGCUGGCAACCUACACUUUGGGGCCUCCCCACGUAUACACUCCUGUGACUAGAGGGACCGCCAGGCACUGAGGAGAAUCUGAGAAACAAAUGUUUUUGUGUUUUAAAGAAACUCUGCCAUUUUGUAUUUAAUGCCCUGGUCCUUCAGUGACAUCACUGGCUCUUUGUCUGUGUGUCUGUGCGUCUGUACAUGUGCAUCAUGCAUGUGGAUGAGCGUCAUCCACUAGGUUGGGCACAAGGCUGGAUUACUAGUCAGUGUCUGGUCACUUCUGAAUCACCUCCGGUCCAGCGUUCGCUGUAUCUUGAGUUAAGCUGUCUCCCAACCAGCUGUGUCCUCUUUCCGUGGCUCUUGAGACUCUUCAGUUCCUGGUCCAUGGAAGUCAGUGGUGCGGCCACUUGGCUCCAGCACUUGGAGACUGUUCUUUUGGAGGAGGAAGUAAUUUUCACCUGAUGGAACACUCUGGAUAGACACCAGGAUCACUGUAGCCACAUGCCCCCUUCCUGCCACCCGACAGUGUCAGGGACAGCCACUGACGCCCUGCUGCUUAUUCAAUGGUACGCAGGGAGGGGAGGGGAGGGGAGGGUGAGCUGAGAUUCGGAGAACAGCAACCACUGGUUGUGCUGUUAAUGAUUUUAUACUAUUGUUUAUUCUUCUGUGAUUAAAGUGUUUCAACCCUCUACUGUCUGUCUCUUUAGUAACUAUCCCUGCUGCAGCUUUGGCUGCCUGAGCCUCCUCAGUGCUGAGGUCAUAGACAUGCUCCAUGAUUAGGAAGUUUUCCAUGGGCUGGAGAGUUCUUGCAGAGGACCCAGCUCUGGUCUCUAGCCCUGAUACAGGGUUUUAAUGUAGACAUAUUUAAUUGGUGUGCUAGCAGGUUUUAUAUCAACUUGACACAAGUUAUAGUCACUUUGAAAAGAGGGACCCUCAGAUGAGAAAACUCCCCUAGAUUGGCCAGUGGGCAAGCCUAUAUAGAGCAUUUUCUUAACUGAUGAUUGACUGGGGGCAGGCAGCCCAUUGUGGGUAUGGGGCCAUCCCUGAACUGUUGGUCCUGGGGUUUAUGAGGAAUCAGAGCAAGCCAUGGGGAGCAAGCCAAGGGCAGCACCCUCCAUGACCUCUGCAUGAGCUCCUGCCUCCAGGUCCCUGCCCUAUGUGAGUUCCUGCCCAGACUUGCUUCUGUGAUGGACAAUGCAGUGGAAGUGUAAGCUGAAUAAACCCAUUCUUCCC